GUGCUGAGAUCUAUCUAGAGCAGGCCAGAGCGUAACCAUGGAGGAGGAGGACAGCCAGGAUGAGCUGAUCAACAGGAACAUCUCCCACGGAAAAGGGAAGAGACCUGCCAUGUCCAUCAUCUCUGAUGACGAGGACAUCUCGGAAGAUGAGGGGGAAUCAGAGGAAGGAGCAACAGGCAGCGAGGAAGAUGAUGAUUACGAAGAAGAGGAAGUCGUUGAUGGAGAGGAGGAGGAUGACAGUGAAGAUGAGGACUCUGGUAAGGUGCUGGAAGGAGCUGUAGGGAGUGUUGCUGUGGAUGCAGCGGGUCUGAGCUCAGACGAGGACUCGGAGAAAUGCCCCAUCUGCCUGAACUCAUUCCACGAGCAGCCCGUGGCCACGCCGGAGUCCUGCGAACACUACUUCUGUCUGGACUGCAUUCUGGAGUGGUCAAAUAAUGCCAACUCCUGUCCUGUGGACCGAAUCGUCUUCAAUGAUAUUCUCCUGAGAAAGUGCUACGGCGGGAAAGUUAAAAAAACAAUUCCAGUGAAGAAGCCUGUAAAACCUACGGAGGAGCUGGUGGAUGUGGACUUGGAUCAGACCAGCUGUGAGGUUUGCGGGGGUCAAGAUCGUGAAGAUCGUCUUCUGCUGUGCGAUGGAUGUGACGAUGGGUACCACAUGGAAUGUCUCACACCGCCGCUGGACGCUGUACCUGUAGAGGAAUGGUUCUGCCCAGUGUGCAUCGCGCACAACCGCACAUCAGGUUCUGAACAAAUCAGUGAGGAGGAGAGCAGCUCUCUCCCCACCACCAGCCGUCCCCCGUCCAGACCGACCCGUGCUAUCGCACGCACCCAGCACAGCGAACGAGUUCGGGCCAACGUCAACAGACGGCGCAUCACACAGGCACGCACUGCAGCACAGCUCGCUCCCAGAUAUAUGAUGCCGUCCACGUGGUUGGAUGAGACCAUCAAUGCUGUAGUUUCCGGAUUCAACACGGCUGUUUAUGUGCGAGACUUGACCCCUCGCUCCAAAUCCCGCCGGAGGAGAAAGACAGUUAAAAGAAGGAAAACCAAAAGCAAAUCUUCAGCAACCUUAGGGGGGAAAACAAACAUGGGAGUGAAGAGAUGGAAACACAAAGUGAGGAAGUCAAAAUCGAGAAGAAAACUGGUCGUAAAGAAGGAAACCAGUUCCAGAGGUCGUAUUGCACAUAGGGUUGUAUGCUAUACAGUGUCCCUGUCCUUGCCAAUAAACACUACCCCUAGAGGUUUGGGCUCAGGAGAAACAGGAGACAUACCAAACUCAGAAACAAGUCUCAUUCAACCCUCUGGAGGGGCUGGUCCUUCCUCUAGCCCCUUGAGGAGGCCCCCACCAGCACACAGUUCCCCUGGGUCCUGUUCCACACCACAGAAUUCCACAUCUCCACCUAUACACUCCCCUCACCUUCCUCACUCUCACCCUUCUCCUUUGGGACAUCAUACGGGAGCUCCUCAUAGGCCGAUCACCCUAAACCCACCAAGACCUGGGAAUAGCCACUUGAGCACCAAUGGGAUUAGAAGUCAACCCCUCUCAAGGGUGCCAAAUGGCCUUUCUGACUCUCCCCAUCAAGACAUGGAAGGUCCUGUCCGACAACCACCUGUCAGAAAGCCCCCUCCCAAGCCUGUAUGGGUGGAUGUUUCUGUAUUGCCAAGGAUACCAAAAAUUAAGAGGGACAAUACCUCCAGUGCAAAUAGUAGCAGUGGCAGCAGUAGCGGUACUUUGCCUGGGUCUUCAGCGAACAGCUUAGCUGGCAAUAGGGAACGUACCGUUGACCAGCAAGGUACGGGUGUGAGUCAGCAAAACAGGACAGUGGAGGCUCAGAGGCAAAGAGCAGACAGGACGGGGGCUUCAUCUUCAUUUUCUAGCUCUUUCACCUCCACUACAUCAUCUUUUAGCGCCUCUUCAAACUCACGCCCAUCCUCUUCUUCCAUCAGUUUCCGUAUAAACUCUAGCAGAAACCCCUGGCAAGCUCAGCGACUUCCUGCAUCAGGAGGGACUCUGCCUGGAGGUGAUGAGGAAGCAAUAAAGAGGAAUAAUACAAGUAAACAGAUGCUGUUGUCUUUAAGAGCAAAAGCCAAAGAGGAGAAGAGUGAGGUCUAUGAUCCCUUUAACCCUACGGAGUCUGAUUCCUCUGAUAAUGAACCAGAAAAUGAGGGUCCUGAUAUUAGCGUCCAAAAUACUGCACCUCAGGUGCCAAUUGGAUUCAAUGAAAGUGCCUGUCAUCAAGUCAAAUCUGAGCCUUUGGAUGUACACUCCGAUACAGAGAGAGACUUGGAAAUGUGUCCAGAAGUUAAAGCAGAGCCAGAGUCUUUGUGGGACAGACCAUGCAAAGAAUCACCCCAUCAUUCAGACAGUCAAGCUCCCGCAGGAGGUCCUGCUUUGGAUUCUACUAGUUGUGAAGAAGGCAUGGACACUGGAAGUGGUGGAACUCCAGGAAGCCCUUUUCAGAAAACCGAAGAGCACUCCAGAUCAAGCUGGUCAUGCAGUGAAAUAAAUGUUAAGGUGGAGGUAAAGUCUGAACCUGAGACUGGAACUCUACCCAUCAGACCCCAGUCAAAGUUGCUAGAAGAAUCUCUAGCCAGUCUGCAACAAGCUUCUAAAGGAAAAGGAAAUGGGGUGUGUAAAGAGCUGUCUUCAGUCAGUGGUGCUUUUAAUUCUUCUAACAUAGCUAAGGACAAGGUAGAAAGACCUCACCAGUCCCAGUCCAAAGAUAGGAAGCGGUCACCAUCAAACUCGCAAAGCCUUUCAAUUAAAGACUCUCAUAAAAAGAAACACUCAAAGUUGAAAAAAAAGAGGAGGUCACACUCUAGAGAUCGGCAGAGAUCUCGUUCUAAAUCCCGCUCAAGAUCGAAAGAAAGGCGACGUCUGCGAUCAAGAGACCGGAGGUGUUCCUCGAGUUCCAGCAGUAGAGAAAGAAAGACGAGCGGGAGAAGAGCGAGUCAUGAGAGGAAUGACAACCAAGGGAGAGAAAGACAUAGGAAGAGGUCAAAAGAAAGAAGGCGCUCCCGAUCCCGUUCGUUUUCUAGAUCUAGAGAAAGGAAGAGAAUAUCAACGUUUCAGGGUGAAACAACGUUAAAGAGGCAGAGGUCAAGAUCAACAUCUAGAGAGCGUAAACGGCGAGAAGAACGAUCAGAGAUUUCUCGGCGUACUGAAAGGAGCUCCCAUAAGUCUGCAGAACCCAUGUCCACUGAAUUACAUGAGUCUGCUCUUCGUGCAAACAAGACUACCAUGCCUGUGAAGACCGAGCGAGAUGCAAGACCACAGGAGUGUGAGACGACUGUUGCAUUACCAUUUGUUAAACAAGAGACCACCCAGUCAGUUGAGAUCACAGCCCAUGGACUUGGGUCAUCAAGACAUGAUGACCCAACCAGAACACUUCAAGAAAGCGAGGAUGAUGUUUCACUUGAGCUGCUUAAGCCUAAUGAAGUUAAACAGGAAGAACCUUGGCCCACUGGUUCUGUCAAGGAGUUGAAAGACAUCAAAAAGGAGGAAGAAGUCUGUCUCAACUUGUGUGGAGAAUUAGAUGGCGUUAAAAAGAUAAAGAAAGAAGAGCUGACAUCUUUAGACAUCUUCAGCCUGGAAUCACCAUAUGUUAAUGAAAUUAAAUCAGGCAGUGCUGAUUUAGAGAAGAGCCACGCUAGCUUACAGGAUGAGAUGAAAGUACAAGAAAUGGUGGUUGAGCCAAAAAAGAUAAAAAUUGAAAAUAUAUGGCCUGAUGAAAAUGAUUCACCAAGCUGCAGUGACAACCCUCUUGUCAUCAAUUUGGAUACGCCUGCCAUAGAUGCAGUGAACUGUAUAAAGGAGCCCACUGAGUCUUAUCAUUCGCCACCUUUGAAGGAGGACAUGGAGAUGUCACCUCUCCAACCGCCAAAUAAAACAAUAAAACAAGAACUUGGUAUUUCCUCCGAUGAAGAUAUCAGUGUUGAUUACUUGAUUGAUAAUUUGGACUUAGGAAAUGAGGAAAUGAGUGAGAGCUCUGUGGCCGACUUAACAGAAGCUGUCGACCCCAAGUCUGCCGUUCCAGAGACUCCAGCAGGGAACAAGCAAACUACGGAAAUGGUUACGGCUGGUGCAAAGUCUAAAUCGCAGGGAAAACGAGUUACUUGGAAUCUGCAGGAACCAGCAGAACCCCAGUCUGAGAAAUUAAACAAACUUGCACUCUUCAAAUUAAAUUUCAAGCAAGAAGGGUCGCGAAGGUCUGCUACAACCCCACAAAGUCAGGUACAGACCCUUAUACUUUGUCUUUCUUGCAGUGUCUUAAAGGGAUAGAUACCCCCCACCCAAUUAAAAUUGUCAAUUUUCUUAAUAUUCUUUGGAAGACAGCAGAUGCCUUGAAGAACAUUGAUGUCCAAUGUAAACCACAUUGACUUUUCAUUGGGUUUUAAAAAACCGACAUUUUUCAAAAUAUUUUUUUGUGUGCCACGUACUGUUUUAGAACAAUUAUAGUAAAUAAUUGCAAAACUCUUUCUAACUGAAGAAACUUCUGUGGGUUACAUAAAUUGAGCCUCAUGAACAAACUUUUGAAUUUUGAUAACAAAAAUCAAUAUGAGGUUGUCAUUUGAAAUUUCUCCACUUAAUAAAAAUGUUUUUAGAUACCAGUGAACAUCAUAAUUAUUGCCCGUCAUAUGUAGUUGCUUCAAGCAACCAGAGGGUGUCGUCAUGUCACUCUUUGCAUUCACAAUUUGCAGCUGGCUUUCUCGAGGUGAA